UGUACAUUAAGCAAAGAGGUAUUUCAAAAGCAUUGCAGCGUAACAACGGAGAAUGAGCUGUCUUUCACAUGGUUCUGAACCCAUUUGCUUUGGUGGAAAAUGUUCCCUAUAUACCAUCAGGUUCUGUUCAAUCAGUUCCCAUUAAAGAUAGGAUGGGAUGUCAAGUCGACCAGCUGUCUUACACGCCACACUUUAAUUGAACGUACCAGUCCUACACAGUAGUCGCUGAUGUUGUACCGUUGAUUUGGUGCAUGGAGCCAAUGUUUAUGUGAUGUUCGUCUUUGUUCAGUCCCAACACCCUGAUGUUGCCAUUGCAGUCAGUUUAUAGUCUCUGCUUUUGGCCGACACAUCCACAAAGCUCACACCCUUGUAUGAAAGGUCGUCAUUACAUCGUCACUGGGGCUUUGCAAAGGUGAGCGAACAUGACGACAUUUAACCUCCAUGGCUACAAAUAUCAGAAUAACAUGGCUCGGAACAGGGGCGGGCCUCACCAUACAAAGCCUGUCACCGACUUGAGCCGAUGGCGCAUGAGCAGUUUUGAGGGUCGCCAGCACUGGCGUUACAUUCCAGAGGGGGAGGUUCCGGAGAGGGAACAGAAUCUUCUCGAGAAGUACUUCGUCGGUUUGGAUAUCAGUGAUGUGCGCCCUUCUCCACCACGGGCGACCACGGCGAAAGAGGCAAUGUAUAAUGGAAUGAGCUUUUAUUUCGACAUACUCGAUCCCGAUGGUCACUGGCCGGGUGACUUUGGCGGACCGCUGCUGCUGAUGCCGGCAAUGAUCUUUGCAUAUUACAUUAGUAAUGAGCCGUUCGAAGAAGCGGAGAGGCUGGAGAUGAUUCGGUAUCUACGGUCGGUGGAGUGCCCGGACGGGGGAUGGGGGCUUCACAUCGAAGCCCCUCCCACAGUUCUUUGCUGUGUGCUGAAUUACGUCAGCAUGCGGAUGUUGGGAGUUCCAGCAGAUGACCCGUGCCUUGUUCGCUGCCGAACCUUGUUCGAGAAGCUAGGGGGUACCUGCUCUAUUCCAUCUUGGGGGAAAUGCUGGUUGUCCUUUAUGAACUUGUACAAAUGGGAGGGUAUGCACUCUUUGUUUCUGCCCGAGCUCUGGAUUCUUCCGGAUUGGUUUCCGGUGCAUGCCCGGAGAAUCUGGUGCUGGUGCCGCCAUGUUUACCUUCCUAUGGCGUACUGCUUCGGGGCCAAAAUACAAGCCGAGUUGGACAACUUGCUUCUUGAGAUCAGAAAAGAGCUGUAUCCUGAAGGGUUUGAAAACGUGGAUUGGCCGGCACAACGCGAGAACAUUUCCUGGGCAGAUUUGCUGGUUCCUCACACACCUACAUUGAGAGCUGUGUACUUUUUCAUGGACAAAUACGAAGAACACCACAGCAAAUACAUACGGGAUUGGGCUUUGAAAGAGUGUUACGACCAAAUCAGGGGAGACGACUCCAGUGCCAAUUACACAUGCUUGGGUGUUCUACAAAAACUUCUGAACAUGGUGGUAAGAUGGCAUGUAGAGGGCAAAGACUCUACAGCCUAUAAACUGCACCUGAACAAUGUCCAUGACUUCUUGUGGAUGGGCUGGGAUGGAAUGAAACUGAGCAGUACACCUGGAAGUUGCCUUUGGGAUACUACACUCGCGGUACAAGGACUUGUGGAAGUUGGUGCCCACGAUUACCCCGAAUUCGUGCCAAAACUAAAAGCCAUCCACGAGUACAUCAAAUGCCAGCAAGUGAAGGAGAAUCCCCCAGACUACGAGCUAUUACAUAGAAAACCCGUUAAGGGCGGAUUUCCUUUCGCCAAUUGGGAUUACAAUUGGUGUGUUUCGGACACAACGGCAGAGGGUUUUAAAGCCUUGCUGCUUCUGGAGAAGCAUUUGGACGUUGUUAAACAAAACAAGAUGCUGAGCUUGGAUUGCGUGGACGUGUUGCUUGGCUUCACCAAUCCUGACGGCGGAAGCGGGACCUGUGAGGCCAAGAGAGGCAACGUUUUGAUGGAGCUUCUGAACCCAGCAGAAAUCUUUAACAACAUCAUGGUGGAUCACUCGUACGUGGAGUGUACGUCGUCCGUGCUGACCGCUCUGAAGAUGUUCACCGAUGACAACCCGGAAUACAGACGAGAGGACAUAACCAAGUUCUUGGACGGUGCCAUGAAGUUUAUUCUGAAGAAUCAGAGUGAGGAAGGAGGCUGGGAAGGCUUUUGGGGAGUCUGCUUCACAUAUGGGGCCUGGUUCGCCAUGGAGUCAUGCGCUGCCAUGGGACUCGGCUAUCAAAGCGGUGACCUGCCGCUCGAAAUCGAAAAAGGAUGCAAAUUCCUGGAGAAGUAUCAACUCAGUGACGGUGGAUGGGGUGAAAACUUUGAGACCUGUGAACAGUCCAGAUACAUCAGCAGUGAGACCUCCCAGAUGACCAGUACGGCCUGGGCAUUGUUGGCUAUGAUGGCUGUCCGCUACCCUAACAUUGAUGUGAUCGCCAAAGGUAUUGAGAACCUGAUCUCCAAGCAGCUUGACUCCGGUGACUGGCCCCUGGACAGCGUGCCAGGCACCUUCAACAGGACCUGCACACUGACAUAUGUCAACUACAAGAACAUUUUCCCUAUCUGGGCUUUGGGAAGAUUCUGUAAGCUUUAUCCUGAUCACCCACUGGCUGCAAAGAACAAUAAGUCAUAAAUAACUGUGAGAGUCAGUGUCUACAGUUUGUCGGUGCGUUAACAGGCGCUGAUUUAGUAG